AUGAACACAUCAACAUUGAAACAGAUCAGCAGCAACAUGAAACAGAUCAGCAGCACCACAGACAGCAGCGACAGUGAUUUGGAGCUGUCGACGGUGCGUCACCAGCCAGAGGGGCUGGACCAGCUGCAGGCUCAGACCAAGUUCACCAGGAAGGAGCUUCAGUCUCUCUAUCGAGGCUUCAAGAACGAGUGUCCCAGUGGACUGGUUGAUGAGGAGACGUUCAAGUCCAUCUAUUCUCAGUUCUUUCCCCAAGGAGAUGCAACCACCUACGCUCACUUCCUGUUCAAUGCAUUCGACAUGGACAGAAAUGGUUCGAUCCACUUCGAGGACUUUGUCAUCGGUCUGUCAGUGUUGCUCAGAGGUUCGGUCACAGAGAAGCUCAACUGGGCCUUUAACCUCUACGACAUUAACAAAGAUGGCUACAUCACCAAAGAGGAAAUGCUGGCAAUCAUGAAGUCAAUCUAUGACAUGAUGGGGAGGUACACGUACCCGUGUGUGCGAGAUGAUGCUCCAUCUGAGCAUGUUGACAAGUUCUUCCAGAAAAUGGACAGAAACAGAGAUGGUGUGGUGACAAUUGAAGAGUUUAUUGAGACGUGUCAGAAGGACGAGAACAUCAUGAAUUCAAUGCAGCUAUUUGAAAACGUGAUAUAAAAAAAGUUGGAUCUUCUCAUCAUCAACAGGAUAUCUACUCAGUUGUUUUCCUUCUUCGUUCCGACAGGUUGCGCACCAUCUUCUUUGCCAAUACCUUGAACUCUGCACAAUCAUUUAGGAAAUUUACUGAUGCAUAUUACUGUAAAAAGACUGGAAAAUGUAUUUUCUUCUUUUAGCCGCAUCAUGCGACGGGAUUUUAAGGACUGCUAGGUGAAAAGCUUCACCGAAGAGGUUCUUGUGCUUUCUAUUGUUAAGAAAAAAGGAUCAGCAACCAAAAGGAAAUCAAGAUUACCGUACAUUUAGGCACCGACCUGAGCUCACUAGCAUUAAUUAGCACACUAAUUUACACAGAUGUGUUCACUCAAGACUUUUAAAACUAGUGAAUGAAGUAAAAUGAAAUAUAAAUUUUAAAACUAUGAAGAAAAAAAAAAGAGAAUUAAGCAUGUUUG